CCUAAAGCUAUGGCCAAUUCCCUCCUGAACACUACAUCCAUUUCUUAUUUAGGAUGUGUGGCUCAAGUAUUUUUCUACUUCUUACUUGCAGUGUCAAAUUUUGCCAUCCUAACAGUAAUGGCACAUGAUCGGUAUGUUUCUAUCUGCAGUCCAUUGCAAUAUGAGACAAUCAUGCAUGAAGGAGCCUGCAUUCAGAUGGCAGCCAGUGCAUGGAUUAGUGGUACCCUUUAUGCCAUAUUACACACCAGUCGCACUUUUGUCAUCACCUUUUGCUCCAAUAGGAUCAAUCAGUUCUUUUGUGAAGUCCCACAGAUACUGAAACUCUCAUGUUCAGAUUUAUAUCGAAUAGAAGUUGGAUUUCUUAUAUUGAAUUGUACCAUAGCUGGAGGAUGUUUUAUCUUCAUCAUCAUUACCUACAUGAAAAUUUUUGCAACACUACUCCGAAUGCCUUCUGUGCACAGUAGGAAAAAAGCCCUCGCCACUUGCCUUCCCCACCUCACUGUGGUGUGUCUGCUUGUUCUCACUGGAAUGUUUGCUUACUUAAGGCCUCCUGCUAAUACAUCCUCUGAUCUUGAUAUCCUUUUUGCAAUAAUCUAUGCUAUAUUACCUCCAUUGCUGAAUCCAUUCAUCUUUAGAGCAUGA